AUGGCGAGUGUAUUGACUUCCCUCAACACUCAACUCGAGGAUGUGCUUCACACUCUCAAGUCCGAUCCUGUGAGCCAGGAGUUACAGAAGGGUCUGCAUGACCAUGCGAAGGGUGCGCUGCCGGAUCCAGAGCUGAAAAGCCUGGCCAAUAAAUCCAUCGACCUGCUGCAUCAGAUUGAACAGAUGCUUGAGCCCGGGUACUUGGUACUUGCAGACCACUUUUUGGGCUACGUUCACGCCAAAUGUCUCGUCGCAGCAGUGGAUCUGAGCAUUGCCGACACGCUCGAGAAAUCCGGACCAAUGGAUAUCGACUCGCUCGCCAGUGCCUGCUCGGCCCGUGGCGACCGUCUCGCGCAGGUGCUGCGUGUGCUGAUCAGCAACGGCAUCUUCGCGUACAACAAAACGACUAAGAAAUACACAAACAAUGCCACGUCCAAAUUGCUCCUGUCGGACCACUGGACGCAAUGGCAUCGCUGGGCUACCUUGUACGGAAAUCAAUUCUACGACAUGGCGCGCGGCAUCCCGUCGUCGCUGCGCAAAGAUGCCAACCGCUCCGCUGCGCAGAUCAACUAUGAUACAGAUCUCAACAUGUUUGAGUAUUUUCGCGGUCAGGGAUGGGUGCCGCAGCUGCAUGCGACACUUGGUGCAGGUGCUGCAGCCCAGGCGCCUGGCAUCCUGGCAGACUAUCCUUGGAACGACUUCGACGGCGAAACCAUCAUGGAUAUUGGUGGCGGUGGCGGCGGCUUCAUCGCAAUGCUGUUGCGCGCACACAAGUCUCUCAAGGGCGGCAUAUUCGAUUUGCCCCACGUCAUCGAGUAUGCGAAACCGCUGUUUCACUCCCAGGGCGGCCAGUUUGCCGACGUCGGCGCGCAGAUCCCAGCAGAAAAUCUAAUCGGUGGGGAUUUCUUCGAGAGUAUUCCCCCUUCCAAGGUCUACACGAUCAAAUGGACGCUGCAUGACUGGCGCGAUGAUGAUGCUAGGCGCAUUUUGCGCAACAUCGAGAAGGCGAUUGUGCCGGGGGAGCACAGCAAAUUGAUCAUCUUGGAGGAGAUCUUGGAUACCACGAGGAGCGCGAGGCUAUCGAGAUAUGGUGAUAUGAACAUGAUGAUCGCAGCAAAUGGCGUCGAAAGGACGAGGGAUGAGUGGCAAGCGUUGGCGGACAGUGCGGGCUGGGUUAUUACCAAGACUUACCCACUUAGAAACGCCUGGCAUUGUGCGUUUGAUCUGGUGCCCAAGAGUUGGCAGAGAUAA